GAGGCGCGAGGGGGUUGUCGGGAUGCGGGCCGGAGUCAACAUGGAGCCCUCAAUGGGAUGAGGGUGAAGCUGCCGUUGCCGGCUGCUCCUGUGUUCACGUCCCAUCAUGUUGGUGCACUUAUUUCGGGUCGGAAUUCGGGGUGGCCCUGUCCCAGGCAGGCUGAUACUACCCCUCCGCUUCCAGACAUUCGCGGCCGUCAGGUGCUCUGAUGGCCGCCACAGCUCCUACCUCCUCAGGGCUGUGGCCCAGCUGCGCUCCCAGCUCCGGGCUCACCUCCUUCGAGCGCCUCCAGCUCCCAGCCAAAGACCCUCUGCCUGGCGCUGGGUUGGGGGCGUCCUUCUGGGCCCCGUGCUAUUGAGUAAGUGCCCCCGCCUCUGCCUUGUGGCGCUGUGUGAGGCAGAAGAGGCCCCUCCUGCCUGCUCCAGAUCUUGUGUCGGGGAUUCCCACUUUAACUGGAAGCUCUUCUGGCAGUUUCUGCGCCCCCACCUGCUGGUCCUGGCGGCAGCCAUCGUGCUGGCACUGGGUGCGGCCCUGGUGAAUGUGCAGAUCCCCCUGCUCCUGGGCCAGCUGGUGGAGAUUGUGGCCAAGUACACAAGGGACCAUGUGGGCAGCUUCCUGACUGAGUCCCGGAAUCUCAGCACCUACCUGCUCAUCCUCUAUGGCAUUCAGGGCCUGCUGACCUUCGGGUACCUGGUAUUGCUGUCCCGCAUCGGCGAGCGCAUGGCCGUGGACAUGCGGAGGGCCCUCUUCAGCAACCUGCUUCGACAAGAUAUUGCUUUCUUCGAUGCUAAAAAGACAGGGCAGCUGGUGAGCCGACUGACAGCUGAUGUGCAAGAGUUUAAAUCAUCUUUCAAACUCGUCAUCUCCCAGGGACUGCGAAGCUGCACCCAGGUGGCUGGCUGCCUGGUGUCCCUGUCUAUGCUGUCCCCCCGCCUCACGCUGCUGCUGAUGGUGGCCACACCCAUUCUUAUGGGAGUUGGCACCCUAAUGGGCUCAGCUCUCCGAAAGUUGUCUCGCCAGUGUCAGGAGCAGGUACCAGCAUUCCUGCCAUCCUUGCUUUCCCCGUUUCUGUCUGCCCCACCAUUCCUCCCCGUCCCCAAGCCAGCCGCCUACUUCCUGGACUCCUUGCAGAUUGCAAGGGCGACAGGCGUAGCAGAUGAGGCCCUGGGCAACGUUCGGACCGUGAGGGCCUUUGCCAUGGAGCAUCGGGAAGAGGAACGCUACGGAGCAGAGCUGGAGGGGUCCCGCUGUAAGGCAGAGGAGCUGGGCAGGGGCAUCGCCUUGUUCCAGGGGCUCUCCAACAUUGCCUUCAACUGCAUGGUCUUAGGCACUCUGUUUAUUGGGGGCUCCCUCGUGGCUGGACAGGAGCUGACAGGGGGAGACCUCAUGUCCUUCCUGGUGGCCUCCCAGACGGUGCAGAGGUCCAUGGCCAACCUCUCUGUCCUGUUCGGCCAGGUGGUGCGGGGGCUCAGUGCGGGUGCCCGGGUGUUUGAAUACAUGACUCUGAGCCCGUGCAUUCCGCUGGCUGGGGGCUGCUGCAUCCCCAGAGAGCACCUGCGCGGGGCCGUCACGUUCCACAACGUCUGCUUCAGUUACCCCUGCCGCCCCGGCUUCCAGGUGCUCGAAGACUUCAGCCUCACGCUGCCGCCUGGCAAGAUCGUGGCCCUCGUGGGCCAGUCCGGCGGAGGAAAGACCACGGUGGCUUCCCUGCUCGAGCGCUUCUACGACCCCACGGCCGGCGUAGUGACCCUGGAUGGGCGGGACCUGCGAACCCUCGAUCCCUCCUGGCUCCGAGGCCAGGUCAUCGGCUUCAUCAGCCAGGAGCCAGUCCUGUUCGGAACGACGAUCAUGGAGAACAUCCGUUUUGGGAAGCUGGGUGCCUCGGAUGAAGAGGUUUACGCAGCUGCCCAGGAGGCCAAUGCCCACGAGUUCAUCACCAGCUUCCCCGAGGGCUACAACACCAUAGUCGGUGAGCGGGGUGCAACCCUGUCUGGUGGCCAGAAGCAGCGCCUAGCCAUUGCCCGUGCCCUCAUCAAGCAGCCCACGGUGCUGAUCCUGGACGAGGCAACCAGCGCACUAGACUCAGAGUCCGAGCGGGUCGUGCAGGAGGCCCUGGACCGCGCCAGCACUGGCCGCACGGUGUUGGUCAUCGCACACCGGCUCAGCACCGUGCGUGGGGCCCACCACAUCGUCGUCAUGGCCCACGGCCAAGUCUGUGAGGUGGGAACCCAUGAAGAGCUCCUAAAGAAGGGUGGGCUCUAUGCGGAGCUCAUCCGGAGACAGGCCCUGGAUGUCCCAGCUCCCGAGAUGCCCAGAGGCCCCAGGAACCGCCACCCCAAGUCCUGAGAGCAGCUGUUUAAGGUCUGGUUGCCGCCGAGCAUCGGCACCCAGGACUGGGGCUCGGCUCAGGGGAGCUCCCAGGGACCAAACACCCAGGAAGACCAGUGCGCUGGGGUGUGGGCUGCUGCUCCCCUGCUCACAGUGCAACCUGGGACUCUGGCUGAGCUGGAGGCGGGGAGGUCGGGACCACUCCCUCCGCCCCCCGCCCCCCGUUUCCCCCUCCUGCCUACCUCCCUCCUGCCAGAGCCAUGAGUCAUUAGGCUGCACAGAGGAGGCAGAGUCCCCAGGCCCCUGCUCUGUUCCCUCCCUCUGCCCAGAUCCUCCCAACCCCUCUCAGGAACCCUGCCAAGUAUCCCCCUACCUGAUAGCCUAAAGGCUUCCGGCCCCACCUCUGUACAAAUCAGGGGUUCACACUGGGGUUCCCCAUACCCGUGCCAGGACCUCACCGUCCUAGCCUGACUCCCCUCUCUCCUCCGUCCCCACUGCCUCUCUGAGCCCUGGGGGAAGGAACCCGCCCCUUGGGCCAGCCCCUCGAACCCACAGUCCCCAUCCUGAGAACAGCUUCCCCUCCUCCCUGCUCUGUGAAUAAUGGUCCUUUUUCUAGGUUUCAUCCCCCCCUCCCACUCCCGUCCAGUGGAACAAGUGCCCCACAUGCCUCCAGCCCGUGGGAAGGGGGAGAAGGGGCAGGGCAUGCCAUGGUCUGUUCCUCAAGGAGCUUCCGGCUCACCAAGCCAUCGCAGCCCUGCCCUGGCCCCGUGCACCUCGUCUCCGUCACCCUGUGAGAUUGUAGACAGCCCCCUUACACGAGGACACCCAGCCCUGAAGGAGACUAAGGAGGAGCCGACACACCCCAGGCUCCAGCCACAAGGGUUGUAUGGUGCUGGCGGUCACCAAACCUCUAGGGAGAAGUUGAUACUUUGCCCCCAGGCUGACAAAACACAAAAUCAGUUGGACAGGCAGUGCCCUGUGUCAGGGGUGGCAGCCGUGCGUAGGACCAGCAGAGCCCGCUGUAGCCAGAGGCCAGCCUGGAAGAAGCAGCAGCGGCUCAGGUGUGAGUGCAGGAGGCCCCACAGCCUCUUCUGGGUGUGGCUUAGGAGCAGAUGCUCCUCUGGGACAAAGCACCUGAAAUGUCCCCGGGCCACAGCCACCCUGGUUUGAUACCUGCUUCCUUACGGAUCAGAGGUCACUGCCCGGGCGGCCACAGCCCAGGGGGCAGCGCGUGGGCUGGCUCUGGGUUGCUUUGCCGCUAAACGCCCACCCAGGAGGCACAGCCCAGAGCCAGCUUCCGCUCCCAGCCAGGUCCACGGCGGCCUGCCAGACCCCUCCCAGGGAGAGAGAGCAGACAAGCUCCUGCUCCCCCAGCUCCAGCCCCAGCCCCCCCAGAGACCCCUCCUGACACCAGACUCCGGUCUCUCCGGACCUCUUCAGGGCGGCCUCUCCAAAUCCCAGCCCCCCCCCCCACCCCCCAACCCAGGGAAGUAGUGAGGUCUGUGGCGGGCCUUGAGCCGGAAGGUUGUGCGGUCAGCCUCACGCUCGCCACGUGGCCUCAGCCUCAACCUUGGCUCCGGCGACUAUUCAACGUGGGUCGUAAGCCUGGCGGUACCUCAUCCUGAGAGUUUAAGAGUUGAAAUGGGAUGAUCUGUGGUAAAGUACUUAAAACUCCCAGUGCCACAGCCUCGGGAGCUGGUCACGUGUACAAUAAACUGUUGUUCACUCCCUGCUUCCAA